AUGUCUUCCAAGCCUCCAUCCUUCGUCGGGUUCACGGGCCAAAAUCUCGUCUAUGCCGUCACAUUUUGCUGCUCAGUCGGCUUCCUGCUCUUUGGGUACGAUCUCGGAUUUAUGGGUGGCCUCACAACCUCCCAGCCAUUCCUGAGCACAUUCGGACACGUCAACGCCUCUCUCCUCGGCUUCCUCGUCUCUUCUUACGAAGUUGGCGCUCUCUUCGGAGCCGUGUCCCAGUUCAUCGUCGGCGAUCGCUAUGGACGAAAAACAGAAAAUAUAGCAGGGGCUUCCAUCGUAAUAGUUGGGGCCAUCAUCCAGUCUACGAGUUUCGGGCUCCCACAGUUCCUCGUCGGUCGGCUCGUUGCUGGAUUCGGUCUUGGGAUCAUGACAACUGUCAUCCCAGUCUGGCUGACUGAGUGCGCGAUGCCCAAGUCCCGUGGACGUAUGAUGGCAAUGCAGUUGUCGAAUCUGAUUAUGGGGUUAAUCAUUGCCAAUUGGAUCGACUAUGGCAUGUCAGUCCACUACACCGGCAGUAUCCAGUGGCGAUUCCCAUGCGCUCUUCAGAUUGUGUUCUGCAUCAUCGUUGUCUGCAUGACUCCAUUCUUGCCCGAAUCUCCCCGCUACCUCUGCGCAACGGACCAACUUGACCAAGCAACGUACGUUCUAGCAGCGCUUCGCAACGGACAGCUUGAUAGCCCAGAUGUGGUCGAAGAGAUGGGUGAGAUCAGAUACGCCAUCAACGUCGAGAUGAAAGAAUCAGGAUCCUGGAGCGAUGUCUUCCACGAUGGUGGCAUCAGCGCUUUUACACGAGUAGCUAUCGCAUUCGCGGCGAACUUCUUCCAGCAGUUAUCUGGCGUGAACGUCAUGUCUUCACUAGGACCAUACGUAUUCCAGAACUCCGUGGGGAUGUCUACUCAUGAAGCACUCAUUGUUUCUGGCGGUUUGCAGGUGUUUUAUUUCUUCAGCAGCUUGAUACCGUGGCUCGUUGUUGAUCGCAUCGGGAGACGAAAGCUGUUUAUGACUGGUUCCAUUGGAAUGGGUGUCUUUAUGACGCUCUCCGCUAUUUUCAUCGGUAUUGGUGGUACAGGCCUUGGUGUCGCAGCAACUGUCGUCCUCUAUCUCUUCCAGACAUUCUUCACACUGGGCUGGCAGUCCAAUAUGUGGGUAUAUCCCAGUGAGCUUCUGCCGUUGAAAAUCCGUCUGCGUGGGGGAGCACUUGCUGUCGUUUCUCAGUGGUUAUUCACAUUCCUCGUUGUCGAAAUCACACCUCCGAUGAUAACCAAUAUCGGCUUCAAAUCAUACAUUGUCUUUGCUAUUAUCAAUUUUGCGACUGUUCCGGUGGUGUACUUUUGCUUUCCAGAGACAUCGAGGAGGCCCCUGGAGGUUGUUGAUCUGCUGUUUGCGGAUAGGCAGGACGGUUCAAGACCAAGUAUUUUUCAGGUGGUGCGCGAUUCGGUUAAUAAAGAUUAUGUGAAGUCAAUAGAGUCACAGCUGCAGGAACGGGCAAGGUCGAACAAGGAUAAUGAUGCGAUCGUGGCUUCGGAAAAAGAGAAAGCUCUUGAAAAUUUGUCUGUAAAAAUGAGGUCACAAUUAUAA